AUGUCAAAAUUAAAUGUUAAUAUUAAUAAAGCCACAUCAAGAUUUCGUACUGCCAAAUGGUUGCAAAAGGCAGGAUAUGCACCACAAGUGUUUAUAUUCCGUAAUCUGGAGUCUGGACAGAUUCUAUACUCGCAAGUACCAGUAUUUUCACAAAGACAAAUCAAUGAUCAAUUUCUUAGACCAAAUUGGGACAAUAAAAAGCCUCCAUUAAGAAGAGAUAUUUGGAAAUGUAUGUGUGUAAUUGAUUUACCAACUUAUGAUGUAGGAAUAAAAUUAUUCCAAGAUUUGAAACGAUUAAGAUAUUUACGUGAUGUUACAUUUAAAAAAGAAACUGAUGCAAUGAGAAAGAAAAAUGAAUAUGGUAGAAUAUGGUAUAGAGGCCUAUAUAGACCUACUUAUUCGCAAGAAGCUGUUGCAGAUCUAAUUGAAUCAUUAACUAAGAUACGAGAUGAUAAGACAAUAAGCAAAGUGGGUGACAAAAUAAAGAUCCAUUGGGAGGAUCAAUGGAGAAUGGGUGAUAAGAAAAAAUAUUGGGAACCAGAGUUGCCACAUGUUAAGCAUGAGAUGAUACCUAAAUUAGGGAAUGCUCACAGAGAUGAAAGUGUUAUAUUAAAGAUAUUAGGUGAUAAGGCUAAAUUGGCAUUCUCUAAAGAAACUACUCCAUCUGUUAACGAGAACAAUAACACUUCUUCUAUUGAGGAAAAUAUUGGUACUUCAACUUUUGUUGAAGAAAAUGAUACUGCCUCAUCUAAAGUAGAAGGGAAACGAAAAAUAUUUGGUAUAUUCUAA